AUUUACACAGUUGAAAUAAAAAGAAUAUACCAAUCCAAAAAUGAGAUUGAUAACAAAUUGGCAUGGCUCCUUCGUCCUCUUCUUCUGCCUCCUCAUCUAUGUCCCCGUCCUUCCGUCAUGCUCCACAUCCUCCUUACCCGUCCCCUCAUUUCACUCCCAUUCAAGAAUGUGAAAGAGAAGAACAAGAAGAUGAAUACAGCGAAGAGAGAAGCGAAAGGAAGGCGACGCCAACUGAUUGCGUGGAUAAGGGAGAAACUCCAAAGCACCUGCCAACACCUCUUCAUGACAAAAACGGCAAGCCCAGCUCUAUGAAACGGCAUGAAUCUAGUGAAAACUGUGGAGAAGAUGGUUCCGUUUCUUGCAACAAGUGCCGUCCACACUCGCGAGAGAAGAUUUCUGUGGUUCCUUUGGACAACAAUGGAUUAAACAAGCACUCAUCGUUUAUUGCAAGUCCUAAUGGACUCUUCAAGUCUAUCUUCUCUUCACUGACGAGAAAAAGUCCAAAAUCUACGGAUAUAUCGACAGCCAGAGAGGAGCACUACAGGAUAGCCGUGGCUGAGCUCUCGCAUAAGCUGAUUCAAGCCACGAGAAAGAGAGAUGAAGCACUUCUUGAAGCUUCAAGGCUAAAGUAUUCAAUGACAGAACUCGAAAAGAAGCUUAACAAGCUUGAAGUUUAUUGCCAUAAUUUGAAGUCAGGGCUUGACCAGUGUAACAGCAAAUCACCGUAUCGAGCUGGGAAAGGUUUCGAUAUCCAUCAUCAUCAACAAAACAGUGUUAUGGGUUGUAGUGACAAGGUAAUAGAGCAAUUAUUGGUUUCAGUUUCGGAAGCUAGGUCCUCGGUUAGGCUUUUGAGCAGGUCACUCACUAUGCAACUAAGGCACAUGGGAGUCAGAGUUUAUGAGAGAAUAUCUGUUCUGCUUCAACCGUAUGACAUAAAAAUUUCAUUCUCCAAGAAUCCCAAAAGUGUUCUUUUUUACCUUGAAGCCUUGUUGAAUAAAGCUUUCUUUGAAGAUUUUGAAACUGUUGGGUUCCAAAAGAGUUCUACAAAUCAAAUAUUGAACCCAAUUGAUAGAUGUGAAGCAAAUUAUGCAUCUUUUAAUGUGCUAAAGGAGUUAACAUGGGAUGAGGUGUUGAAUAAGGGGACAAGGCAUUUCAGUGAAGAGUUCAGUAAGUUCUGUGACUGGAAAAUGAAUGAGAUUGUAGCUAUGUUGGGGUGGAAUAGAGCCUGGCCGGAGCCACUGUUGCAGGCAUUCUUUGGUGCUUCUAAAAGUGUGUGGUUGGUGCACCUUUUGGCCAACUCGGUGCAUCCUGGUUUGCCAAUUUUUCGGGUGGAUAAGUGCGUGAGGUUUGAUUCGGUUUACAUGGAAGAUAUGGGUGGAGACAGAGCAAAGAAGUUGGUCCCAACCAUGGUCCGGAUCAUGGUUGCACCUGGGUUUUAUGUCUAUGGCAACGUGGUCAAGUGCAAAGUACUUUGCAGGUACUGUAACAAUAAUAACAUUAACAAUGUUGGUGAUGAAAAGGGUUUGACCCUUUCUCCUUAGGGUUUACUUUAUCCAAAAUCUGAAAUAUUUUGAUUACUUUGUUAACACUUUUGCUGUUAUUGCUGUAUGGAAUUAAGUGAUAUGAUCAGGGAUUUAUUGAAUUGGGGACUUUUGGGUCAAAGUAAGAAAUUGGCAUUUUAUGAUGA